ACACCUGCCCCGCCUGCAGGUGAGCAGUGUUGUGUGAGAGCCAGCUGCCUGUCUGCCCACUCAGUGGCAGUUCCCUGGAGCUAUCUGUCCCGCUGGAGCCUCAGCAGAUCCUUCUUUCAGAAGUCACUACCAAGAGUCCUGAACAGGAGCCACCAUGCAGUGCUACAGCUUCAUUAAGACCAUGAUGAUCUUAUUCAAUUUUCUCAUCUUUCUGUGUGGUGUGGCCCUGUUGGCAGUGGGGAUCUGGGUGUCAGUCGAUGGGCCAUCCUUCCUGAAGAUCUUCGGGCCGCUGUCGUCCAGUGCCAUGCAGUUUGUCAACGUGGGCUACUUCCUCAUCGCAGCUGGCGCUGUGCUCUUUGCUCUUGGCUUCCUGGGCUGCUACGGUGCUCACACUGAGAACAAGUGUGCCCUCAUGAUGUUCUUCUUCAUCCUCCUCAUCAUCUUCAUUGCUGAGGUCGCAGCUGCUGUGGUCGCCUUGGUGUAUACCUCAGUGGCUGAGCACUACCUGACAUUGGUGGCAGUGCAAACCAUCAAGAAGGACUAUGGCUCCCAGAAGGACUUCACACAAGUGUGGAACAGCACCAUGGAAGGGCUCAAGUGCUGUGGCUUCAACAACUACACGGAUUUUGAGGAGUCUCCCUACUUCACAGCUAACCAGGUCUUUCCCCCAUACUGUUGCUUUGAUGAUGUCAAUGGCACGGAACCCUGCACCAAGAAGAGGGCCGAGGACAAACCUGUACAGGGUUGCUUCAAGCAGCUUCUGAGUAACGUCCGAACCAAUGCAAUCACUGUGGGUGGUGUGGCAGCCGGAAUUGGAGGCUUGGAGCUGGCUGCCAUGAUUGUGUCCAUGUACCUGUACUGCAAUUUGAAAUAAGUCUGCCUCUGCCUCCGCCACUGCUCCUGCCACACAGGAACUGGGAAGAGCACCCUGGCACUGCCAAAAGGCCGUGAUCAGGGUGGCGACAGGAUCUAACAGUGUCAUUUGGGCCAGAGUGGGGCCACAUGGGGACCACCCCUUCUAUUGGUGGGGUUGGGGCCCACCUGUUCCAGAGCCAGUUCUAGGGUAGCCAGUUCUCCUGCCCAUUCCUCUAGUCUGUCUCUCAAACCCUUGAUACCCCUUCAGGACAACAGGAGCUCUUGGUGACCCCAGUACUCCACUGGGGAAUAAGGCACCCUAUAUCCUGAGCACAUGCAAAAUUAGUAGUAACCGGGCGGAUGUAUAGAAGGCAUUUCAGAAUUCAUAAACCAAUUAAAUUGUUUCCACUGGGA